AUGUCAUCCAACCGGCCAGACUGCCUUACUUCAUUGGUUUCUUAUGUUCCUGAUUUAAAUUUUGAUUUCAAUUUACCCGUAACAGCAGCUGUAAACCAGUUGGAAAUUUCUACUAAAAAUCAGCAAUCAAAUCUAUUCUCUCCCGAACUACUAACGUCUUUUGAAACUGUUAGCGCGCGAGUUGACUGUAACUGCAAGUCCAUUCCUCAAUCGCGAACUUCGCCACAACCCCUGCGUCCUGCUUUGAAGAAGACAUUGACCAUUAAACCGUUGAAUAGAGUUGAAGGCAAAUUUAAAAAUACUGAGAAAGAUUGCGAAGAAAAACGAAUUUUGGUUUUAAAACACUCUGCUGAGACAGCAACAAAGACGGAAAAACCUCAAGCAGCUCCGGCACGAUUAUUACAAAAAAAGAAAACAGUAGCAUUCGGAAGAACUGUAAACGUGUCGCAAACAAUAGAGGGUACAUCAAGAGCACAUCGAAAAUUUUUGGUUAAUUCAAGCUUUCAGAAGGAGUCUAAAAUGGCUACAAGCGGUCAAAAUGAACAACUUUUGAAUGAGUUUGAAAAGUUAAAAGAAGAAAUGCAUGAAAUGCAAUUAAAAAUCGAUGAGCUGACAAUGAGGGAUUCAGAAAGAAGUGGUCAAUUAUUGAAACUAACAGAGUCGAUGAAGAAAAUGCUAAGUGGUUUGGCACAGUUUAAUAUUUUAUCCGGAAGCAGUAACGAGGACACCAAAAAAUGUGAAAGAAGAAUUGAGACAGAUAUGCGUUAUCGUGGCAAAGAAAAUACACCUCCUAACCAGACAGCUGUAUUGGAACACAUCACUGAAAACGAUGACGAAAAUCCUGCAGUAUAUGGCGAACUUUUUCCAAAUUCAAGCAAGAAAAUUACUGGCGGUUCAUCCAAAGAAGAUCUUAAGUGGACUAUAAUGAAAAGAAAAUAUGCUGAAAACGAAGAAUUUAAACGUUUAAUUGAUGAAGCCAUAAUGAAAUGUGGAGGAGACAAAAGUCUCGACAUUUUCGCCUCACACCAAAAUAAAGGAGAUACUGGCAGGGUUCCAUCCCGACGACAUGAAAAAAAACCGCACCCUAUUUCACCUGUGAUUCGAAGUACUACGCGAGUAAUGAAACAAAUGACUGUUGAACAAAUUCAGCAUUGUGAAAAUCCGCCUGCAUCAUGUGCAUUUUCUUACGAUUCUAGGAAAUAUUUGGCAAGACAUGGCAUCAUUCCUGCGCUUAGUGAUGACGAUGAGAUAGAGCACAAUAUGGCGUGUAGCAAACGAUUAGAUCCAUCCGUGCAAUCCUGUUAUCAUCCAGGGAAUUCAAUGACUUACUAUUCAAAAAAUAUCAAAUAUAAUAAUAUGCUUUCAAAAGAUAACUCUCAUAGCGAUUACCAAGAAGAAAGAUGUCAUCACAUGGAGGAAAGGCCACUACGAGUCUUCGAUGAAGCACGUUAUCAGAUGGAUCAUUUUGACACGGAUGAUGACGAGGAUGUGAACAAUAUAAUUGAAAUAAGUGAUGCAUUGGAAGUUGAGGAUCACUGUGGAAGCGGUAGAAAAAUGCAUUCACCGUAUGAUAAAAGAAGUCGACGAGACUCUGCACGCAACAAUUUCCGGCAUCAAAAAAAUGAUGGCGUACGUCAGUUCACGAAGCAACGACUAAACAAAUCUGCUUGGAAUUAA